GGUUAUUAUAAUAAUGACAUACUUCGAUUACAAAGUAUAAAAUUACUUUGUCCUUAUCAUUCAUGUGAACGACAAAGUAGUCAUAUCAAUAAAAUAAAAAUAUAUGCUUUCAGUUUGUGAGAAUAUUUCAAUCAGUUCAUGCCGGACGUUAGACUUUAUGAAAAGUAGUUUAUCGUAUAACGAUCGAAGGAUUUAUAAUCCUCGUAGAAAGUUCAAGUAGAAAAGCUUCUUUUCAAGAAAUACAUUCAAUAUUUUUCAUUCGCGUAUAAGUAUGGCUCUAUUAAAAUCGAUACUUGUUAUUCUCAGCAUAUGCGGAUGUUGGAGACCUUCAUCUUGGUCGCUCUCAUUUUAUAAAUGUCUCUUUUAUAAUUUAUACUCGAUUUUUGUAGCUUUUCUAAUAUUAUCUUUGUCAUUAUCGCAAAUGAUCGGUAUUGCUGUAAACGCAGACGAUUCGAGCAAUGUUUCCGACGAUAUUUACGUAUUCUUGGCACAAUUUGUAUCUUGUUUUAAAAUGUUAAGUCUUGUAGUCAAUCGUAAUAAUAUCGUUGAGUUAAUUGUUACUCUGGGACAAGAACCACAUCAGCCAUUGGACGAUGUGGAAAUGAACAUUCAAACAAAGUUUGACAGAUUAUCUCGGUUCAACACUCACAGUUAUGCAUCUUUGAUCUCAUUAACGGUGAGCAACUUUUUAUUACUCUCAUUGAUUACAAACUUUAAAAAAAGACAAUUAACUUUUCGAGCUUGGUUGCCGUUUGACGAUAACAUGACACCUAUUGUAUUUUAUUUAACGUACAUUCACCAAAUACUAGCAGUGACAAUAGCAGCAAUGAUUCACGUCGCUCUAGAUACUCUGAUCUGCAAUCUUCUCAUAAACAUUUGCUGUCAGAUUACGAUCUUGGAAAAUCGUCUUACAAAUAUCACGGAUGAACGAAAGACCAUCUUGAAACUUUGUAUUCGUCAUCACGAAUGUAUAUAUAGAUUUGCUGCUACCGUAAAUAAAACAUUUAAAUUUGCAAUCUUCGUUCAAUUUUUUGCAAGUACAUUGACAGUCUGUUUUACACUGUACCAAUUAACAAAAGUAUCGGCAAAUACUUCGGAAUUUAUAAAAAUGAUGUUUUUUAUGUCUAGCAUGUUAACCCAAGUGUAUCUCUACUGCUGGUACGGACAUUUAGUCACUCUAAAGAGCCAAGAAAUUGCAUACGAAAUGUUCCAAACAAAUUUGAUGGAGCUAAGCAAUGACAUCAAGAAGAGUCUUUUGAUUAUGAUGAAACGUACGACUAGGCCGAUCGUUUUUAUCGUUAUGGAUCUUUUUCCUCUAAAUCUCGAUUCGUUCGUGAGCAUACUUAAGACCGCAUACACGGUAUACAACUUCUUGGAACAAACUUAAGAAGAUACUUAGGUAUGAUAGACGUAUGAUGUAACUAAUGAAAAUUACAAGAGAGAUAAAAAGGGGAGAAUAAAAUAAUUUACCUGCAAGAAAAUUCAUCGGGCCUUCCUGUUUUAUCGCUUAAGGUAAUACAAUUUUUAUAAAAAAAAUAUGGAUAAUUUUAAUUACGACAA